GUGAGCUGUGAUUGGUCACAGCUUGUCACAUGGUACAAGGCUGCUGUGAAUAGCCCUGUACCAUGUGAUCUCUGUGAUCAUUCACAGAUUUCAUACGUAGUAAGCAAUGAUGUCAAAAGUGACAUCUUGCUUACUACUCUUCAUGUGAUCACUGAUUGGCCAAUCACAAUCUUUACCCCAGGCCUGUUUGAACUUCUUUUACAAUACAUCAUUUCUGGCAGCUGGGACUUUGUGUGUUCUCUGCCUACCAGACCACGCUGCACCUACUCAACACUU